GAAAACUUGGAGAAGAUCCCAAGCCGCCGCCGCUUUUCGUGCAGGUUUAAAUAAGCCGGGAACGGAGCAGUAGAGUUAUCGUAUCGAUCGUUGAUGGAAGGAGGAAAGGAGAAGGAGAAGAAGGAGAUCGCCAAGUACCGGGGAGUCCGCCGCCGGCCGUGGGGGAAGUUCGCGGCGGAGAUCCGGGACUCGAGCAAGCACGGCGAGCGGGUGUGGCUGGGCACCUUCGCCACCGCCGUGGAGGCCGCGCGCGCCUACGACAAGGCCGCCUACGAGAUGCGCGGCGAGCAGGCGGUGCUCAACUUCCCCGACGAGGUCCGCCGCAAGAACCGCCCCGCCAGCGGCGCGAGCUCGUCGUCGAUGGCGGCGGGGAAGCAGGUGAUCGAGCUGGAGUGCUUGGACGACAAGGUGCUGGAGGAUCUCCUGCGCGGCGACGAUGACUGAUGAGAUCAGCUCGUGCAUUAUUAUUGCAUGGAAAAUAUAUAUAUAUAUAUAUAUAAAUAAAAUAAAAUGUGCUCCUGCAGAUCUUCUAUCCAACAACGGUUAACUGCCAUAUCGUUAACCGCCAUAUCUAUAAAUAAUAAUAAUUUUGCCGAUCCGAUCCGAGAUCAUCGGAUGGAUUGACUCCUAAAUAUACCUGCG